UAAUUGGAACUUAUCUCAAGCUUUGCUUUUAUUCCUUCUCUAGCUAGCCUAAUUAUUACUGAUUUAAGUAUCAGAGUAUCUAUCCAAAAACCAACCUUGGGGCUUUGCAGGUCAAUCCAAAGAGAAAACUUGGACAAAAGGGAGCUUUAGAGUUCCUUGUAAUUGCAUUUGGCGCCAUCUGUGGGAAUCUAAGCUAAAAGCUUUGUUUGUAUAGUCACUUCAACAUGGUUCACUCACGUUCAACUCAGCACAGAAGUCCACCUCAAGGUCAUGGGAGAGGUCAGCUACCCAAUGUGAAUCCUGCACCUCUUAUGACACCAAAUCAUAAAGUCCAUGAGCAACACGUGGAAGAAGCAAGGGAGAAUCAACAACAGCACUUGGUUGUAGCCCCAAAUGAUGCCAUAGCUACUCAACUCAACAUCAUGCAACAACAACUUAGUGUGUUUAAGCUUGUGCUUGCACAAUUGUUAGCUAGAGAUAACCUUGGAGACCCCCUUAUCAAUCUGUUAAAUCUAACCCAUCAAGCGGUUGACCUCCAACCCCAACAGCAGAAUGCCAACUCCCAGGUUCAAAAUGCAACUCCAUCCCAUAGUGAGUCACAAAACCAGUCCCACAAAGCUCCACAGCCAUCGAAUCCACCUCAAUUGAUCACUUUAGAUGUUUCCAAGAGGUUGGAUAACUUCGAAAAGAUGAUGGCUGAGCACCAAGGUGUGUUACCACCUCAACCGAGUGGGACCUCGAUGCCCACCCCACUAAACACCAAUAUCAUCCAAGAGCCAUACCCACCUGAAUUUAAAAUGCCUCAGUUCGAGACGUAUGAUGGAACCAAAGAUCCUGAUGAUCAUUUGCACGCAUUUUACACUACCAUGCAGACUCAAAAUGCCUCAGAUGCAUUGAUGUGCAAAAUAUUCCCAUCUACACUACGUGGUAAUGCCAGGAUUUGGUACUACAGUCUACGACCAAACUCAAUUAGCUCAUAUGCUGAAAUGGCAGUGGCCUUUGCCACCAAGUUCUCCAGUCGAAGGUUGAUCAAAGAGACAACCCUUGAACUUAUGCAAGUUGUCCAAUGGGAAGGCCUCAGCCAUGAACAAUUCCGAGAUAACUUGAUCAAGCAUCCGCCUGCUACCUUUGAUGAGGUCAACAAGAGGUCUCAAAAGUUCAUCACAACAGAGGAAAAUGCUUUGUCUCGUAAACCAACACCUAGUAGGGAAAGCCGAAGUCCAACAUGGAGGGAAGAGAUACAAAGAAGGAAGAAGUUGAAAAUUGUGCAAAACCAAGAUCCAAUUCCUAUCUCCAAAGCUAAUAAACCCAACUCUAGUACCUUACAGGCUCCAGCAAAACAAUUCACCUGGACUUCAUUCACACUACCAAGGUCACAGAUCCUAAGGCAAAUAAAAAAUAAAAUGGAGUUGAAAAGACCAGCGCGAAUGCGGGCCUCGGCUUCCUCCAGAAACCAGAAUAGAUAUUGUGACUUUCACGAGGACCACGGCCACACCACAGAGCAGUGCAGUAAUUUGGAAUCUGAGCUUGAAAGGUUAGCUUGCAAAGGAAUGUUGGAUGAGUACAUUUUAAAAGAUGUGAAUUUCAACAACGGCUGCAACUCAUCCCCAUUUGUUGGAAGAAUCCAGCGGCAUAUUAUUGCAUUUGGUUCGAUGGCUACUUCUUUAGUUUUUGGUACUGGGUUUGAAGAAUUUGAAAGAAGACAAACUAUUGAUGAGAUUGAUAAUGAUGAAUGUGUAGUCAUAGAAAGGGUGGAAGAGUUUGAGGAUGAGACAUUUUGUAAUGAGGAUAUAACAGAAGGAGAUAUUGAUGUAAGUCAUGCUAAUGAAGGAAAACCUCAUAUUAUGAUGGAAUUUUCAACAGAUAAUAGUGCUUUUGGUUUUUACAAUGAAUAUGCUAAAAGGAUGAGCUUUAGCAUCCAGAAGGAAUCAGCCAAGAGACCGAAGCCAGAUAAAUUAAUUAAUCGAAGAUAUUUUGUUUGCUACAAAGCAGUUUACAAACGAAAGCCCAAGAGUGACACUGUCAAGAAUCGUGCUUGUCAAAAUCAAGACGAUUGUCAAGCUCGGAUGGCUAUUCAUCUAAAGAAUGGAGGAUGGAUCAUCAAGCAAUUCUUUGAUGAUCAUAACCAUGAGAUGUUUUCCUUUCCAAAUAAAUCAAGAAAAUUGUCGUCCCACAAUAAGCAGCAUCUCCAACCAUGUGCAACAACAUUAAUGGAUCAAUAUAGCAAUGCAAGAUGUGGUCCAACAAAAAUUGCAUAGCUUUUGAAUGCAACAGGGUUUGGCAACUCAUACAUUACACCUGACUAGUGCCAAUAACACUUGAGAAAGAAAAGAGAGAGUAAUAUUGGUCUUGAAUGUAUGGCCAUUGUGCAACAAUUUCUAAACAUGACCUCUUUGGAUGAUAAAUUCUAUUACUCCAUUGAGAUAGCUGAAGAUGGUGUUUGUAGGAGUAUUUUUUGGGUAGACAGGAGAGCAAAGGCAAUGAACGAACACUUUGGGA